GGGCACAGGCAGGGUCGGGGAUGGCGAUCGUGCAUGGAGAGGGGAGCCCGAGGUGGAGACGGGAGAGGCCGCGCACAGAGAUGAGAACUGAGCCCUCCAGCCUCGGGGGAUGGGGCUCAUGCCCCCUGCCCACGUGGAGUCGCUAGACCGAAGGACACCGGCGGUGGGGGCGGGGAGGCCUGCUCUGGUUUUUCUCACCUUUUGUGACCCUUGGCUGGUUCUUGCCCCCUCUGUGCAGUGAGGAAUUGGUCUUCUGCUAUCUCUCAGGUGAAUUCAAUCCAGGGGGCUUUUAGCAGAGGCCUCCAGAUUGGUCUCUACUGGGGAGACAAAAGUGAACGAUGCAGAUUCUCUAAGGGGGAGAUGAGAAGGAAGGGUGCACCAGGCAUGAGGGGACAGCCUGGGCAAGGGCACAGAGGCUGGAGAUGGCAUGUCACAUCCAGGGACCAGCUUGUCUGGCCUCAGGGGUACUACUAGGUCCUUGACCUAUAGUUAACUGGUAUUCUGUGGUGCUUUUGAGGCUACAAAGCACUUCACAUACAAUAGCCCUGGAGGAAGGGGAGGACUGCAGGCCUCAUCUCCAUUUUACAGAUGAGGAGACUGAACUGACCAGUGGCGCCUGUCCCUUCUGCCCUAGGUCAGAGCUGCGUCCGUGUGCCCAUCUAGGGAGGAAGAGGAGGUCUGUGGCCCGGAGCCUGAGGCAGGCCGGGUGUGAGCAGCAGAACAAGGCCCCUGCUGGGCGCCACCUAGCCUGGGGUCCACGAGGAGCCAGUCCGACCCCCUGGGGCUGAGCAGAGAGACCCCAGGACUGACCUCCGGAUCCCCGGCUGGCCAUGAGGAAGCCCCGAAAGGCAGGGGGAGGCAGCCAGAGGCAUGGGGAGCAGCCCAGCCCAGACGCAGGCCCAGGGACCCCCAGCCAGGUGUCCCCAUACCAUCUGUUUGGUGAUGCUGAUGAGGUCACCAGGUUUCGGGCCAGUCUCCUAAGCUGGUAUGAUCAGGCCAAGCGGGACCUGCCCUGGAGGAGGAGGGCAGCGGGAGAGCUGGACCUGGACAGGAGGGCAUACUCCGUUUGGGUGUCUGAGAUCAUGCUCCAGCAGACCCAGGUCGCCACAGUUAUUGGCUACUAUACCAGAUGGAUGCAGAAAUGGCCAACACUGCAGGACUUGGCGGGGGCAUCCCUGGAGGAGGUGAACCAGCUGUGGGCCGGCCUGGGUUACUAUUCACGGGGCCGGCGGCUGCAGGAAGGCGCUCGCAAGGUGGUGGAGGAGCUGGGGGGCCACGUACCCCGCACAGCAAACAUGCUGCAGAAGCUGCUGCCAGGGGUGGGCCGCUACACAGCUGGGGCCAUCGCCUCCAUCGCCUUUGGCCAGGUGACCGGUGUGGUGGAUGGGAACGUGACCCGUGUCCUGUGCCGCGUACGAGCCAUUGGGGCAGACCCGAGAAGCCCCUCAGUCACUCAGCAUCUCUGGAGCCUGGCCCAGCAGCUGGUGGACCCAGCCCGGCCAGGGGACUUCAACCAGGCAGCCAUGGAGCUGGGCGCUACAGUCUGCACCCCUCGAGGUCCGCUGUGCCCCAAGUGCCCCGUGCGGGGCUUCUGUCAGGCCCAGAAGAGGGUGGAGAAGGUGCAGGCAGCGGUGUCUCGGAGGCUGCUGGGCAGCCCAGAGCAGGAGAAGACGCUUGAAGUGGAGGAGUGUGCCCCCAGGAGGGCCGGCUCGUGUCCACUGUGCCUGCCCCCAUCAGAGCCUUGGCGUCAAGACCUUGGUGUGGUCAACUUUCCCCGCCAGCCAGCCCGGAAAGCCCCCCGGGAGCAGCGGGUGGCUGUCUGUGUCCUUCAGCAGCCGGGCCCUGAGACCAGCCGCUUCCUGCUGGUGCAGAGGCCCAGUUCAGGCCUGUUGGCCAGCCUCUGGGAGUUCCCCUCUGUACCAGCAGAAGGCACUGAGUCCGUCCAGCGCCGGGCACUUGUGAAGGCACUGCAGACCUGGGUGCGCGGCCCCCUCCCCCUGAGGAGCCUGCGGUGCCUUGGCGAGGUGGUCCAUGUCUUCUCCCACAUCCGGCAGACCUACGUGGUAUACAGCCUGGCCCUGGAAGAGCAGCCCCAGGGCCUGCUCCCAUCGGGUGCCCGCUGGGUGAGCCGGGCUGAGUUCCAGGCGGCCGCUGUGUCUACGGCCAUGAAGAAGGUUCUCCAGCUGUUUGAGGGCCAGCCUUCAGGGCAUAGGAAGGCCUCAUCCAAAAGUCCCCAAGAUCCUGCCACUUCAGGCCCUGGGCCUGGGCCUGGCCGCCAAUGCCGACAAUUGACCCUCGGUGCCUUUUUCAAGCCAACUUCUGCCCCCUGAUUGGCCCCAGGGCCCUGAGGACGGGGCAGGUGCCCCUUCCCCUCCCUUCCCCUCAACCUGGCUGCAGGUCAGCAGUGAGACUCAUAUUAUGUAAAUAAAGGAUUUGUUUUUAAA